UAUCCAGGGAAGGAGGGAGGGUGCUGUGGAAGAGCUUGGGGUCUCCUGGAACCCAGCCUUGGAGCCUGAGAUUGGCACAUCUCCUGGGAUCGUAACCAGAGCUCCGUGAUGCAGGCUGCCACCACGGAGGGCCAGCCUUUGGCCCUGAGCUUGGCAGAGAAGGCUGUGUGCAAGGUGGUCUAUGGUGCCCCUCGCCCCCGCCCCCUGCUACUGCCUGUGGGCCUGGAGCUGUGGAUGUAUGUGCAGAAGAUGCGCAACCUACAGAGAAAGAGGAUGGAGGCUUCCUGUCUGGAGCUGGCACUGGAAGGCGAGCGGCUGUGCAAGGCAGGCGACUUCAAGGCAGGUGUGGCCUUCUUUGAGGCCGCCGUGCAGGUGGGCACUGAGGACUUGAAGACACUGAGUGCCAUCUAUAGCCAGCUGGGCAAUGCCUACUUCUAUCUGAAGGAGUAUGCCCGGGCCCUGCAGUUCCACAAACAUGACCUCCUGCUGGCACGGGCCAUUGGUGACCGCAUGGGGGAGGCCAAGGCCAGCGGGAAUCUAGGCAACACACUCAAGGUCCUAGGCCGGUUCGAUGAGGCCAUUGUCUGCUGUCAACGACACUUGGACAUUGCCCAGGAGCAGGGGGACAAGGUUGGGGAGGCGAGGGCCCUCUACAACAUUGGCAAUGUGUACCACGCCAAGGGCAAGCAGCUGUCCUGGAAUUCUGCGCAGGACCCCGGGCACCUGCCACCUGAUGUCCGUGAGACGCUGUACAGGGCCUCUGAGUUCUAUGAGAGGAACCUGUCCCUGGUGAAGGAACUAGGCGAUCGCGCAGCCCAGGGCAGGGCCUAUGGCAACCUGGGUAACACCCACUACCUACUGGGAAACUUCACUGAGGCCACAACCUUCCACAAAGAGCGCCUGGCCAUCGCCAAGGAGUUUGGAGACAAGGCGGCUGAGAGGAGGGCCUACAGCAACUUGGGCAAUGCCCACAUCUUCCUGGGCCGCUUUGAUGUGGCUGCUGAACAUUACAAGAAGACGCUGCAGCUGUCUCGGCAGCUCAGGGACCAGGCAGUGGAAGCGCAGGCCUGCUACAGCCUGGGCAACACCUACACGCUGCUGCAGGACUACGAGCGUGCUGCUGAGUACCACCUGCGGCACCUCGUCAUUGCCCAGGAGCUGGCUGAUAGGGUGGGAGAGGGCCGGGCAUGCUGGAGCCUGGGGAAUGCCUACGUGUCCAUGGGGAGCCCCGCACAGGCCUUGACCUUUGCCAAGAAACAUCUGCAGAUCUCCCAGGAGAUCGGAGACCGGAACGGAGAGCUCACAGCUCGCAUGAAUAUUGCCCAGUUGCAGCUGGCGCUGGGCCGGCUGACAAGCCCAGCAGCGGCAGAAAAGCCAGAUCUGGCUGGCUACGAGGCACAAGGAGCUAGACCCAAGAGGACACAGAGGCUGAGCGCCGAGACCUGGGACCUGCUGCGACUUCCCCUGGACCGGGAGCAGAAUGGAGACACCCACCACACAGGGGACUGGAGGGGGCCAGGCAGGGACUCGCUCCCUCUCCCCGUGAGGAGCAGGAAGUACCAGGAAGGGUCAGAUGCCAUUGAGAGGAGACCACGGGAGGGCAGCCACUCUCCACUGGACAGCGCUGAUGUGAGGGUCCAGGUGCCUCGUACGGGUAUUCCCAGGGCCCCAUCUUCGGACGAGGAGUGCUUCUUUGACCUGCUGAGUAAGUUCCAGAGCAGUCGUAUGGAUGACCAGCGCUGCCCCCUGGAGGAAGGCCAGGCAGGGGCUGCUGAGGCCACAGCUGCCCCAACCCUGGAGGAGAGGGCAGCUCAGCCCUCCAUGACAGCUUCACCACAGACUGAGGAGUUCUUUGAGCUCAUUGCCAGCUCCCAGAGCCGUCGGCUGGACGACCAGAGGGCUAGCGUGGGCAGCCUGCCUGGGCUACGCAUCACCCUCAACAAUGUGGAGCACCUCCGAGGCGACGGGGACCCCCAGGAGCCAGGGGAUGAGUUUUUCAACAUGCUUAUCAAGUACCAGUCCUCCAGGAUUGAUGACCAGCGCUGCCCACCCCCGGAUGUGCUGCCCCGAGGCCCCACCAUGCCUGAUGAGGAUUUCUUCAGCCUCAUCCAGAGAGUGCAGGCUAAGCGGAUGGAUGAGCAGCGCGUGGACCUUGCUGGGAGCCCGGAGCAGGAGGCCAGUGGGCUGCACGAGCCCCGGCAGCAGUGUCCACCAGGUGCCAGCUAAGGCCUCACCCCUCCAGCCAGGCAUGCCCUGCCCUGGACUCUGGGGACUCAGUUGUCCACAGUGGCCAUAACCCCUUGAUAAGCCAAAUCAUCCCAAGGCCAUGAUGGAGAGCCAGCUCAGCCCCCAACCCCUUCCCACUGAGCCAGAUGGUGGGCACCCAGCCCUCAAGGAACCCCCAUCCCAGGGUGGUGGGCUCAGGUUAGAGCUGCUGUAUGGGGGAGGGCAUGCUUCUGACCCCAUAUGGCCCAUAGCUUCCUGCAGACCCCGCCCUACCCUGCUCCAGGCUGGGCCUUCAGCAUGUUGGCCCCAAGCCCCGGUGCUGUCCAGACCCUUCUCCCUCAAGCCCUGCCCUGCCAAAUGUGAAAUUCUGCCAACUUCCCCAAGCUCCCCAGGGGAGCCUCAAAGACUCUUCUGGGGGCUACAGUGGCACGGCAUGUUCUGUCCCCCAGCUGGUCCUGGGAUGGCUAUGCAGGAGGUACACUCUGUAUUCUGCCUCACCUCCCCAGGGCAGGUCCUAUUCUGGCCUGUCUGUGCCCAACUCCACUGCAGGAGAUUGACAUCUGCAAAGUCCAGACACCCUGACCAAGUAGUCCCCAGCCUUUGAGGAAAGAUGAACCUUCUCCAGCAGGGGGACAAGGCAAGCUUCCAAGCUAAAAACACAGGCAGGGUCUUGUCCUAGAAGGACUUACCCUGCUGGGUGGCAGUGGGUAUUCACGAGGUAUCUGCUUAGCUAGAUCCUCCAGUCCCCUCAGUGAACACACACCCCUUUCUACUAGGGAAAUGGUACCUUGGCUUUCUCCUCAAGGGAUCCAGCUGCAAGAUCUGAGUUGGACACAGGGCACUGUAGUUGGGGUGGAGAUUCAGGCCGGACUGCUGGGGCAUCCAUGAGACAGACCUUUGGGGACUAUAGUCCCAGCUCUUGCCUGCAGAUCCUGCAGGUAGCCCUACUGGAGGGUUCUGUACCCAGGGCCUCUUACCCUGCAGCCUAGGAGGGGGCUGGGGUAAGGGAAACUGAAGGGCCAGCCCUGUGAUCAACUUCUAAGAGGCAACAGCACCCCAAGGGCAGAACAAAUACCAGAGCACAGGGUCUUGGGCGGGACGUAGUGGCCGCCUGCAUACUUGAAUGUACAUGCGUAUUUAUUGCUCACACGUGUUUGCCAUGUUAUCCACGGGUUCUUUCCAACCCGAGAGGUACGUUUUUGUUUUACCCAGAAAUAAAGCGUCUGCCAAGUGAG